AUUUUUUGCAGAGCGUCCAAUUUCUUAACUCUUGUCAAGACAUAAAAUGAUCGGAUCUAAGACUUAUAUUCCUAAGAGAGGCUUUAAUUUUGAUAAUUAUCAAAGGAAUCAAUAUCUUUUAUCAAAAGAUAUUGCUUUUCCGCCAACUAUUUCUACAGGAACAACAAUUGUUGGUGUUAUAUAUGAAGAUGGAGUAUGUAUUGCGGCAGAUACUCGAGCAACAAUGGGUCCUAUUGUAGCAGAUAAAAAUUGCAGGAAAUUGCAUAAAAUUUCAUCAAAAAUAUGGGUAGCAGGAGCAGGAGUAGCGGGAGACAUUGAUUUUGUUACGUCUUAUAUUUCUUCACAAAUUGAACUGCAUGCUCUAUAUACGAAACGACAACCACGUGUUGUUACAGCAUUGACUAUGAUGAAGCAAUAUUUAUUUAAAUAUCAAGGAUAUGUAGGUGCCUAUUUGAUUGUUGCAGGAACCGAUCCUACGGGAUUUCAUUUAUUCACGGUUUCUGCUCAUGGGAGUACGGAUAAGCUUCCGUUUGUUACAAUGGGAAGUGGUAGUCUUGCAGCCAUGUCUGUUCUCGAAACAAAAUAUAAACCUAAUAUGAACAGACAAGAAGCAAUAGAUCUUUGCAAGGAUGCUAUUUUAGCGGGUAUUUUUAAUGAUCUAGGUUCAGGAAGCAAUGUAGAUGUAGUUGUCAUAGAAAAGGAAAAGGCACAAUAUCUUCGUAAUUAUCUCAAACCAAAUGAGCGGGCACCUAAAGAAAGGUGCUAUAAAAUCGAGAGAGGGACUACAGCAAUAAUUAAAAGAGAUAUCAAAAAAUAUGUUACCACUGUAGAUAUUAAUGAUGAAAUGGAAAUUGAUGAAUAAAAUAUAUUUUACAUUUUGAAGAAUCAUAUAAAAACGCUAUAUUAAUACUUUAGAUAAAAGACAUUUCAUCUAUUUCUCGCUGAAACUCUACUAAUCUCAUUUUUCUCGCAUCUUUGUUAUGUAGCAUAACUAAUCCUGAACGUAAUAAAAUUCUUCCUAUUACUGAAUCUUCAACUAUCAUAUAUGGAUCUGCGCCUGGCAAAACUGAUUGAUUCAUCAAAUUCUAAAGACAUUAAUAUUUUAAUAUACCAGAAAUAAUUAUCCCUGCCUCAAGUAAUUCCUUUGUAGAAUUGCAAAGAGUAAUUUUAUCUUUCUGUUGUAUAGAGACAUGUUUAUCUAAUGUUGAUUGACCUGAUUCUGCCGGCAACUUAGUAUGUUUUUUUUCAGGUAAAUCUGCAUGUCCAACUGCUGCGCCAGAUUGUUCUGCAAGCAAUAUAUCACCCAAUUCUUCAUCAAUAAACCUAACAAGCUCACGCAUAAACUUAUUAACUGAUCGUUCAGCUUCUUUUACAUUCAUACGACAUUCACUUGUUUCUAAUUAAAAAAAAAUAAAAAAUGAUUAAAAACCAACUUUAAUAUCUCUUGAGAGCUUCUUUGACUUUGUUUUUCCAGCUUUUUUAAUCUUUCAUCUAAUAAAGAUCCAAUUAUUUUACUUUCUUCCAAUAUUUUUUGCUCUCUUAAAAAUAUUAACAUAAAAAAAAAACACAAAAAAUACCUCUCAAUGAUGGACAAUGUCUUUUUCAACCGUUUUUCCAAUAUUUUC